UCCACGGUAUCAGGAAGUUAGGUCUCUUUCUUCUCGAUGGCUUCUUCUUCUUCCUCAAUUUCCACAACUUCAUCUCCAAUCAAAAUUGAUCAAUCUUCUCUAUCUCCCUCGUCCAACACUGCUAUUUCUUUGUCUAACAUCAAAUAUUUUAUUCCUAUUGUACUAGACUACACUAAUUACAUGUUAUGGAGGGAACUCUUUUUGCCGGUUUUCAAGGGUCAUGGUGUUUAUGGCUUCAUUGAUGGAAGUUUUCCUUGUCCACCCUCUACCAUUAUUACAGAAGAUGGUAACUCCAUUCUCAAUCCUGCUUUCCAACCAUGGGUUCAACUUGAUUCCAUUGUCUUGUCCCGGAUUCAAGCAACCAUUUAUCAAGAAAUCCUUCAAGCUAUUCUUCGUCCCAAUCAUUCUCUAACUUCUAGAGAAGCUUGGCUUGAAAUUGAGCGUCUAUUCCGUGACCAAGUUAGUUCUCGAACUCUUCAACUCAAGGUUCAAUUUCAUAACCUUAAGAAAGGUGAUCUUUCAAUCAAUGACUAUGUGCAUCGGCUUAAAACAAUUGCAGAUUCUCUGAACUCCGUUGGUAAUCCGAUUUCAGAAACGGAUCUUGUUCUUCAAAGUUUGUCUGGCCUUCCUUCUGAUUACAUGCCAGUUAGUACUUCCAUUUCUACUAGAAUCCCACUCCCAUAUUUUACAGAGACGCGUUCUCUGCUCUUUUUGCAUGAAGCUCAAUUGUCUAAUUUCUCUGCCACUAAUUCUGACUUAUCUGCUACUGCUUUUGUUGCGAAGCAACAUUCUACUCCUCAUGGUCGUGGUCGUGGUAGGAACAACAAUGGGGGUCGGAACUCAAAUGGUGGUCGUGGUAGGGGUCGUAACAAUCCUGGGUUUUAUAAGAAUUUUUCUACCCCUUCUCCAAAUCUCUCUCGUCGCCCUCAAUCCCAUCCAUUCUCGGGCCUGCUCCUUAUUCUUCUUUUCCCUCUCCGCACAUGCAUGCUACUGUCCAAUGUCAAAUUUGUUUUCAAUAUAAUCAUUCAGCUCGUGAAUGUCCAUCUCUUGGUCCUAAAGCAUUUAUCUCUGAUCUUCAAUCAUCUCCAACUCAUUCUUAUGCCAUGCCUAGCGAUGCACACUGGUAUGUUGAUACUGGGGCCUCCUCUCACAUGACCCCAAAUCCUGGUAAUGUAUCCUCGGUUCUCCCUUACAAUGGUACUGAUCGAGUUGUUGUAGGGAAUGGUACUCAACUUCCCAUUUCAUACACUGGUCAUGGAUAUCAAGACCAAGAAAAUUCUUCUACGGUGCAAUAGCCAAGGCCCUCUUUAUUCAUUGUCUUCCUUGUCUUAUGGUGCGGUUCAUCGAGCUUUUGCAGCAGUGCGACGUUCUCCAAAUCUUUGGCAUCAACGAUUAGGCCAUCCAAGCUUUGCCAUUCUUGCUAAAUUAGUUAGAGAAAAUAAAGUUUCUUGUAGUUCUUUCAAACAAUUAGAUUUCUUAUGUAAUGCUUGCCAGCUUGGCAAGCACAAUAAAUUACCUUUUGUGGAAUCUCAAUCAUUCACGAC